AUGCAUUGGCUGUGCCAAAGCAAGAGUGGCCUGGGCCCUGCCCUCGUUGCCUUGCUCUCCUAUGCAAGGCUUGGAUCAGCUGCUCUUGAGGGAGUGCUUGGAAACUCGACCGAGUCUAUGUCUACAAGUAAGAGCCUUGCUCAGACGCGUUACCUCUCGGCCGGGCACCAGGGCAAUGACGUUGACAACGCUAGAGCUGCCAUCGAGAAUGUCCUUCGAGCCCAAAUGACUUCAGAGUUUGACUCAGCCUGGUACGGGACUUACAAAGUGUCACUUGACGCGCCUGAGCCCACGGAAAAUUCCACCUACUGGCCACCCAAAAUAUAUCUCAUCCAAAUCGUGGAGCUUUACUCAGACCUGCUUGGCAAUGAGCUCAUCACCCAAAUCGAGGAGUCUCUCGAGAAGGCUGCGGUGGGUGCCAUGCGGCGCAAUGGCACCUAUCCCCUGGACGACAACCUGACACUGGGCUACUCAAAUCCUGCACUUAUGCGCGCUUUGGUUGUAGGGUGGAUCGGAGCCCGCCGGAAUAACUCAACAUUCAUCGACUUCGCCAAUGAGCAAGGCGACUCACUGCUCGAGCUGUUCAAGUCAGACGGCUACAAUACUCUGGGCGAGUACAACGCACCGACUUACUAUGGCAUGGACACCUGGGCCUUAGCAGCCAAUAUUGCCUACGGGCCGAAGAACGCGACCAUGACCACGAACUCUGAGUACAUUCUCACUGAGCUGUGGAAAGAUAUCGCAGACCACUACAAUCCCCUGUUGCGCAAUAUGGUGGGCCCUUACGACCGCGCAUACACCCGCGACAUGACCGCCCAUUCUUCUGUCCUGUCAUUGUGGUGGUGGAGCAUGUUCGGACAUGAGUAUGGGGGCCAACCGUUACUGGGAGAGGCUGAUUUGCUCUACGACGUGAUCCAGGGAGCUGCCAUUGCACUUGUCUCGGACACUGCACUGAAAUACAUCCCAGAGGAUACCGUGGACGCACUGAAGGCCACAGGAAAAUGGCAAGGGGAGCGUCUUCUCAAUAAGACUAUCCGGGAGUCUCUUGACACGGACGUAGUUCGAGUUGCUACAUCCUGGUUGUCGGCGGAGGUCAUGGUUGGUGGUGUAUCCCAGACAGAAACGACCAACCGCGGCGAACAAUUCGUUCCAGCAAUUGUGCACUGGGCUUCGGAUCCGGAGAAGACACCUUCCCCAUAUGUCGGCUUCUUCUCGCUGUACCCGACUGCUUCGACGGUUGACGCUGUAGCCGGUCCCAAGAUGUUGACAGUUUCGUAUCCCAACACAACGCAGGAUGGCACCGAUAUUUUCACAUUUGCUGUAUCUGGCAUCCCACCGGGCUGGGUGCUGAGCGGGAAAAAGAUCACGGGGCUGGAGGACCUACCAUGCUUGAGUGUUGACGUAUCUGCUCCAGGCUUGGAAGCGUUACCUGUUACAGCGUCAACCAGUACGCUGGAGGACCAUUUCUAUUACAACGUUUCUUAUGUGGUCCCAGCUGGUUUUGAUGGGAUACCGUUGGUGCAUUUGGACCUUGAGUACACUUGCUGA